UAUCUAGAAUUCAUCAGUGCCUAGUAUGUCUUCCUCCUGCUAAACUAAUCAUAUUUUAAAACUACAUUUGUUUAAUAUACAGUAUGUUUUUUAAGUGUACAACUCAGCUUAUUUGAGGACCAGAAAUUCAUACAUUGACAGCCAUAAAGCUUGUGAUGCUGCCAUCAGGUCAGAUUAAGGUAGCAGCCCAAUGAACAAAAAUGAGCCACUUAAGAGUCAUUGCUGGAAUAUUUAAACCACAGACCAUACAGUUUCUAACAAAGCAUGUUGUGGCUGGAAGGAAUUAUUUUGAGAGCAGGAGAUUCCGCUCAUCUGGGACUGCAGAACCUUUCUUGACUGGCAGCAGUUCCAACUACCUGGAAGAGAUGUAUUAUGCAUGGCUGGAAAAUCCUAAAAGUGUUCACAAGUCCUGGGAUGUUUUUUUUCGGAAUGCCAAUGAGGGUACUCCUCCUGUCCAGGCGUACCAAAGGCCUCCUUCAUCCUCUAACCUUCACAGUCAAGGACUGGCACAGGCAUCUGCCAAAGCUGAAAAAAUGGUGGAGGACCACCUUGCAGUGCACUCUCUUAUUAGGGCAUAUCAGAUCCGUGGACACCAUGUGGCUCAGUUGGAUCCGCUUGGAAUCUUGGAUGCAGACCUGGAUUCCUUUGUUCCGUCUGAUUUAAUCACAACUAUUGAUAAACUGGGAUUUUAUGGCCUCUGUGAAGCUGAUCUGGACAAGAUAUUCCGACUGCCAACAACCACCUUCAUUGGAGGGAGUGAACAUGCCUUGCCUUUACGUGAAAUCAUAAGACGAUUAGAAACUUCCUACUGUGGACACAUUGGUGUUGAGUUCAUGUUUAUCAAUAAUGUGGAGCAGUGCCAGUGGAUCCGGCAAAAAUUUGAGACUCCUGAGAUCAUGAAAUUUACGAAUGAAGAAAAGAGGACAUUACUGGCCAGACUGGUGCGAUCGACAAGGUUUGAAGACUUCCUGGCUCGCAAAUGGUCAUCAGAGAAGCGUUUCGGGUUGGAGGGCUGUGAGGUUUUGAUCCCGGCUUUAAAGACUGUUAUUGAUAAAGGCAGUGAGAUGGGCAUUGACAGUGUGAUUAUGGGAAUGCCUCACAGAGGCCGGCUAAACGUUUUGGCCAAUGUUGUGAGGAAGGAUUUAGAUCAAAUCUUUUGCCAGUUUGACCCUAAAAUGGAGGCAGCUGAUGAGGGUUCUGGCGAUGUAAAGUAUCAUCUUGGGACGUACCACGAGAGAAUCAAUCGAGUGACUAACAAGAAGAUCACUCUGUCUCUCAUGGCAAACCCAUCCCAUCUGGAGUCUGUCAAUCCUGUGGUUCAGGGCAAAGCCAAAGCAGAGCAGUUCUACCGCGGAGACUUGGCGGGAAAGAAGGUGAUGUCCAUCCUAAUACAUGGUGAUGCUGCCUUUGCUGGCCAGGGUGUUGUUUAUGAGACCUUUCACCUGAGUAAGCUUCCAUCGUACACCACGAAUGGCACCAUCCAUGUUGUUGUCAACAACCAGAUUGGUUUUACAACUGAUCCUCGAAUGGCUCGCUCUUCUCCCUACACCACUGAUGUUGCCAGAGUUGUCAAUGCUCCAAUUUUCCAUGUCAACGCUGAUGAUCCAGAGGCAGUGAUGUAUGUUUGCAAUGUAGCAGCUGAGUGGAGGAACACAUUCAGCAAGGAUGUGGUUGUAGACCUGGUCAGUUAUCGUCGGUUUGGCCACAAUGAAAUGGAUGAGCCCAUGUUCACACAGCCCCUGAUGUACAAGCAGAUCCACAAGCAGGUGCACAUGCUGAAAAAAUACUCUGAUAAACUGCUAGCCGAUGGGACCGUGACACUCCAGGAGUUUGAGGAAGAAAUAUCCAAGUAUGAUAGAAUUUGUGAAGAGGCGUACACUCGGUCAAAAGAUGAGACGAUUCUUCAUAACAGGCAUUGGCUUGACUCGCCUUGGCCAGGCUUCUUCUCUCCUGAUGGUGAACCAAAAAUGAUGAGCUGUCCUCCAACUGGUAUUUCCGAAGAUGUCUUGCAGCACAUUGGCAAUGUGGUGAGCUCUGUACCAGUUCAAGACUUCACUAUACAUGGAGGCCUUUCCCGUAUUCUUAAAGGCAGAGCCAAUAUGAUAAAGAACCGCACAGUUGACUGGGCUUUGGCUGAAUACAUGGCGUUUGGUUCUUUGCUGAAGGAAGGAAUCCAUGUUCGUCUAAGUGGGCAGGAUGUUGAAAGAGGCACAUUUAGUCACCGGCAUCAUGUGUUGCAUGACCAGGAUAUUGACAGGAGGACCUGUGUCCCAAUGAACCACCUGUGGGAAAACCAAGCUCCCUAUACUGUGUGCAACAGCUCCCUCUCCGAGUAUGGAGUCCUAGGUUUUGAACUUGGAUUUGCCAUGGUGAGCCCCAAUGCGUUGGUGUGCUGGGAGGCACAGUUUGGGGAUUUUCACAACACAGCCCAGUGCAUCAUAGACCAGUUUAUCAGCUCAGGGCAAGCCAAGUGGGUUCGACACAAUGGCUUAGUUCUGCUUCUACCUCACGGCAUGGAGGGAAUGGGUCCAGAGCACUCUUCAGCCAGACCAGAAAGGUUUCUGCAAAUGAGCAAUGAUGACUCGGAUGCUUAUCCAGAAAUCACAGAUGAUUUUGAGGUCCAUCAGCUCUAUGACUGCAAUUGGAUUGUGGUGAAUUGUUCUACACCUGCCAGCUUCUUCCAUGUGUUGAGAAGACAGAUCUUGAUACCGUUCCGGAAACCGUUGAUUGUCUUCUCUCCCAAGUCUCUGCUGAGACUUCCUGAAGCUAGAUCCAGUUUUGAUGAAAUUACAACAGGGACCAGAUUCAGGCGAGUGAUUCCUGAAGAGGGACCUGCAGCCCAGAACCCAGACAAAGUGAAGAGGGUCAUAUUCUGCACCGGAAAGGUGUAUUAUGAGCUAGCAAAGGAAAGAAAACAACAGGAUCUGGAAAACGAAGUAGCUAUUUGUAGGCUGGAACAGAUAUCCCCAUUCCCUUUUGAUUUGGUUAAAAAUGAGACAGAGAAGUACUCAAAUGCUGAACUUGUGUGGUGCCAGGAAGAGCAUAAGAACAUGGGCUACUAUGAUUACAUCAAACCUCGUUUUCUUACAGUUCUGCAAAACAGUCGCCCAAUAUGGUAUGUUGGUCGUGAUCCAGCGGCUGCCCCUGCCACAGGCAAUAAAUGCACUCACCUGGCAGAGCUGAAGAGGUACCUGGACACUGUCUUCAACCUGCAGGCAUUUGAGGGGAGAAACUUCUGAAGUCCCUGCUAAUAGCAGAAGCUUAUGCACACUGAAUUAAAAGCACCACCACAACAAAAGAUUCAAAAAUCUUUCAGGGACUGGCAUUUGAAAUAAAUACUGUACCUUUCUUUUUGUCAAUGUUUUUUUUUAUAUUUGUAACAACAGUAUCAAAAACAGUGUAAUUCAC